AUGUGGGUUUGUGUCAAUUAUCAGAGAGAGCUUUGGAGUGCUUUCUUGGAAUCACAUUGCCUUGAGGAAGAAGACACAACAUUCACAAGGCCUCUAAACGAGAAAGAGAUUGCGGCUAACGAACCUGCGGAUUGGGAAUGUAUCAAUGAAACUACCGUAUUGUACAGAAACACGUUGCGCGAAGGCUCAAACAAUCCGUCUGCAUAUUCAUUUGAUAGAGUUUACCGAGGUGAAUGUCCCACUAGACAAGUUUACGAGGAUGGAACCAAAGAAAUCGCCAUGUCGGUUGUUAAAGGAAUCAAUUGUAGUAUUUUCGCAUAUGGCCAGACGAGUAGCGGAAAGACAUACACAAUGAGUGGUAUUACUGAGUUUGCUGUGGCUGACAUAUUUGACUAUAUAUUUCAGCAUGAAGAAAGGGCGUUUGUGGUGAAGUUUUCAGCUAUAGAGAUCUACAAUGAAGCCAUACGAGACCUGCUUAGAUCGGAUGGUACAUCGCUGAGGCUACGGGACGAUCCUGAGAAAGGGACCGUUGUUGAUAAAGCCACCGAGGAAACUCUAAGAGACUGGAAUCAUCUGAAUGAGCUUCUAUCUGUUUGUGAAGCACAGCGUAAGAUUGGCGAAACCUCAUUGAAUGAGAGAAGUUCAAGAUCUCAUCAAAUUAUUAGACUGUCAGUUGAAAGCUCUGCUCGUGAGUUCUUAGGCAAAGAAAACUCAACCACCCUCAUGGCUAGUGUGAAUUUCAUCGAUCUAGCGGGAAGCGAGCGUGCAUCACAGGCCAAUUCAGCUGGUGCAAGACUCAAGGAAGGUUGCCAUAUCAAUAGAAGUUUGUUGACUCUUGGAACCGUGAUUCGUAAACUUAGUAAGGGAAGACAAGGUCACAUCAACUUUAGAGACUCCAAGCUCACAAGAAUUCUACAGCCAUGCUUGGGAGGGAAUGCAAGAACCGCUAUCAUCUGCACUCUGAGUCCAGCGAGGAGUCAUGUAGAGUUAACGAGGAACACACUCUUGUUCGCUUGCUGUGCAAAGGAAAUUACCACAAAGGCGCGUAUUAAUGUUGUUAUGUCAGACAAGGCUCUGCUGAAGCAACUACAACGUGAGCUUGCGAGGCUUGAGACCGAGCUUAGAAACCCUGCCUCACCUGCCUCCAACUGUGAUUGUUCGAUGACUGCUAGGAAGAAAGAUCUUCAGAUACAAAAGAUGGAAAAGCAAAUCACAGAUUUGAGGAAACAGAAGGAUCUUGCUGAAUCUCGGCUUGAAGAUUUCAUGAGAAUGAUCGAGCACGGCGAGGCGUCAAAGUCUGGAACUCCGCAUUUCGGCAGCCACGCAGACAAGUGGGAGGAUGGUUCAGUAACAGAGACAUCAGGCGUGGUCGAUUCAGACACAAGGAGUUACAUGUCUACACCGGUUUCAAUAUCAAGACCUUAUGUUCGGUCUCACUCUGACGACGAUGACCUUGACGAAGAGUUGCCUACUAGGCGUUCGGUAGAUCAAUCAGAAGAAUAUUGCAGAGAAGUUCAAUGCAUUGAGAUUGAGGAAUCAGCCACAGUCUUUAAUAAUAACCACAAAGACAAAAGAGCAGAAGCUGAAAACGUUUUCGGUCGUAAUGAGGAUACUAAUGGCGAAGCGAGUGUUGACCAAAAUGUGAGGAUUAGAAGCUGGAGUAGUCGUAGAGAGACCGUGUCAGGCCUGAACACUCCUCCUGAGAACAUGGGGACAGACUACCUUGGAAGACCUGAGAGUCACAAGCUUGUGUUUCCUGAUUUAGAUUUUGGUUCUGUUGUGUCGAGGAAUGAUUCUAUGUCUUCGUACGGUAGCGAUUCCACAGAGGGUCAGAGCAUUAGAACACCGCUGGGAGAAGAAGGAGGUAUCACUAGCAUCCGGACUUUUGUUGAAGGGCUUAAGGAAAUGGCUAAGCGUCAAGGCGAGGUCUCAAGUGCAAUGGAUUCUGUGAGGGACAUUGGUCUGGAGGACUCGAUGGACGAGGAAUUUGAGAGACAGAGGCAAGAGAUUUUGGAGUUGUGGCAAAUCUGUAAUGUCUCUUUGGUGCAUAGAACAUACUUCUACUUGCUUUUCAAAGGAGAUGAAGCGGAUUCAAUCUAUAUCGGAGUAGAGCUAAGAAGACUUUUGUUUAUGAGAGAUAGCUUCUCUCAGGGAAACCAAGCUUUAGAAGGAGGAGAAACCUUAACACUGGCUUCAAGCCGAAAGGCGCUUCACAGGGAGAGAAAGAUGCUGAGCAAGCUUGUUGGGAAAAGGUUUUCAGGAGAAGAGAGGAAGAGAAUCUAUCACAAGUUUGGGAUCGCGGUUAACUCGAAACGCAGGCGGUUACAGCUUGUGAACGAGCUAUGGAGCAAUCCAAAGGAUAAGACUCAGGUUAUGGAAAGUGCAGAGGUUGUAGCUAAGCUUGUGAGGUUUGCUGAACAAGGCAGAGCCAUGAAAGAGAUGUUUGGUCUGAGUUUUACGCCUCCUUCAUUCUUUUCGUCAGCUCGGAGAUCGUAUAGUUGGAGAAAAAACAUGCCUACGCUUUUCUAA